AUGGGGUCAGAGGUCAAGGCUGCAGAGUUUUGUUUGAUUGUUUACCUCGUGUCGGUGUUCAAUGCGGGUUUCUUCGGCGAGCUGGAGCCUGUGGAUAUUCGUCUCUUGACUGCAAAGCAACCGGAGUGUUGCACAACAUAUGUGACCUGUCCUGCUGAAGUCCACCUCUUCGCUGGAGUGGUGGGUAGACUCCUAGGCGGAUCCGCCUUCAAGUCGGCAAACCCGCGUGACUGUCGCAUUCGUUUUGGUGCCGCACAGAGGAUCAGCUCCGCCUUCAGGCGGCCCCGUAAAUUCUACUGUCAAACAGCGGAUCCUGAGUGGACCCAUGUUGAACAUGACUGUACACCAAGAGCCAAGAAGAGUCAUACUAGUGGAUAUUUUCUUUGCUGGGACACGGUUGCGCUGAACCCUCUCGACCAUCGUUUCGGGGACUCUGAUGACCGUGAAGAGCCAGAAAAUGGUGACUUUGCAUCUCUGAGGUACCUUCCAACUCGCCUGGUAUAUCAGUUGAAGCCUCAAGCCCAAGCCUAUUGCACUUGCAAACUCCACCAUCUCGCCGAGUGCCAGGCAGCCGAGUCACUACCCCUCAACCUGGAGAAAACUGUUAAGCACCUCACCAUGGGGCAGGACCGCAACACUCUUCACCACCUCAACUCCCUGCACCUGCAUUUAACAUACGGAGAGUUACUCAAGGAACGGCAGUCCCUCCUCAACUCCCUCCACCCCCACACCAGCCCUCAACGUGCAGCGAACAGAGGAGCUUU